CAAUUCAAAAGUAGAUGUUUGUUAUUAUUUUUCAAAUAUUCUUCUUGUCUUUCUAUCUUUCCUAUAAAACAUUAAUACAAUCUUCUAAGCUUAAUAAGCCUGUUUGAGUACACCAUAACCCUUGGAUCACUUGCUAUGGAGAAAAACGACAAUUCAAACUUUUCAGUGUGCAGGAAAAUCCGUCAAGCAAUUGCAAGCAACACUGCUGUCCGAGCUAUUCAACGCAUCUCAAGCUUUAACCAAGAACCUAAAGCUCCAUCAUCAUCCCCUACUAACACCAAUAUCCAAACAAAACAACCACCUUUUCCUCAACAUCAUAAGGUUCAUACAGAAACAUCAUCAGGAGAAAUCCCCAUCAUGUUUGAUUACCCAACCCCUACUACAUCAACGGACUCAACAAAAAAAGGUGUUGGAAAUUCAGUGGCUGCUAAAGGUGAACCUCAACCAAAACAUGUUCCCAUGCAAGGGAAACACCAAACGAAGGCAGAGGCACAACAUGGUCAUGGUGUGCACUCAGAGCAACAAGGUAAGAAAUCAAUAGAUAUUAAUGACACUUUUCGUGAGUUCAUUCAGAGUGCUAAGCACAAAAUCAGAACCGUGUCUAACGUUGGUCGAGGGCAGAGUAACCCUGCUGCUCCAUCAGAUCAUGAGGCCCAUGAUACCAACAAAAACGAAAACCAAAAAGACCAUUUUUUGGAUUUCAUUCAUCGUGGUAAGAAGAAUUUCAGAACUACAACAAUUGUUGGUAAGUAAGACUGGUUCCUUGAAAAGAGAGUACGAAAAGUGAUGCUAGCUUGUGUUGCAUCUAAAAUCUAAAUUAGGCUAUACCCUACCAGGGUCUGCAAGCCUAAUAUUUCUUUCUUAGUUUAACUUUAAAUGUAUGUGUCCAUGUCUUGAUGUUGGUCUAUAUUUCGGUUCUCUUUCCCCUCUCAUUUCUUCCUCUUUUACCUAAAUAUAUUAUCAUGUAAUUUAGAGUUU